AUGGUGAAUGGAGAGAGCAUCAUCAUAUGGGACGACCAAUGGAUUCCAAACCUGCCAAAGAAUGUACCUGAAAGAAGGGAUGAUAGAGUAGAUCUUGCGCUACAAAACAUAAGUAAAGUGAGUGACCUGAUCAUCAAGGAGGAGCAAAAAUGGGAUGAAGACAAGCUGCAGCAGCUAUUCAACCAUUCGGCGGUCUUGAAGAUCUUGGAGAUUCACUUACCAACGGAGAAUGCACAUGAUCUAAACGAUAAGUUAAUUUGGAAACAUCAUCCUAAAGGUAACUUUUCUGCAAAAUCUUUUAUGAAAAGCUUGUCAGACAGUAAACCUUCUGGAACACGCAAUUUUGAAUUUCCGUGGAAGAAAUUUUGGAAGACUAAUCUAGUUCCAAAAAUACACUUGUUCAUAUGGAAGUUUUUGAAGAAUGGAUUGGCUGUGACGGGUAAUAUAGGAAAACAUGUUACUGGGGUUAAUGUUGAAUGCAGACUGUGCAACAAAGACACUGAGACAGUGAAUCACUUAUUUCUCAAUUGUGAAGCUUUUCAAGCAGUUCUAUUCGCUUCUCCUAUGAGUCUGAGGAUUAAUGAUAAUAAUGGGAAUACGGUCCAGGAUUACAUUGCAAGAUGGUUAGAUAGAGGAGGAGAGUUAGUUGAGUUCAAGAUGGGGCCCAGUCUAUUCUGGGCUAUAUGGAAAACUAGAAAUAACAUAAUUUUCAAUAAGGGUAAGUUUAGCAUCAAUGAUACAAUCAAGGAAGAAAUGUACUUGUAA